AUGGGAGAUAACACUGAGAGCAAAAAAUAUGAGCUCUUCAUAUCAGCUUCUGCUUCUUCAUCAUCUACAUGUCGGCCACUUGUCCCAGUACCCAUCUCUUCCUGGCUAAUACGUGGCAACGUACCGGUGAUCAAAGACCAAGAUAAUGUUAAGACAGUGCAAGUGCAAUUGGAUGGAGUUUGA